AUGACUGAAAGAUGGCAGAACCCAGGCGGCUGGGGAGCGAGACACAUUCAUGGCAUCGCCCCUUUCAAUCUAUGGGACGACCUUAACCGCAAAUAUCGACUACCAACGAAAGAAGAAUACCAGUGGAUUGACACCAAGUUCGAAUACAGAAGUAUCACGAUAUCCGGUUGGUAUAUAUGCAUCGAGACCAAUAACCCACCAAACCCAGUUCCUCUUACAAUCGGAUGUAAGCCAGCCAUAUAUAUCGGAAUUAACGAAACUUUCCCCGAGCCCUUACCAAAGGCACCGUAUUCCAACCCACAAAUACCAGACCCUUGUCCUCAUCUGCACUUGCGGCGAAUGGAAUUCCCAACAGACGCAGACAACAUCGCCCUCCUCAAAGCGUUGAAGCCGCUAGCUAAUGUACGUGCGGUUGUGUAUCUACCUUUGUGGACUGUGGUCGAGCUUGAAUACGGAGACAACCGUGUUUAUGAACGGAUAUCACUCCCGGGGACUGUUGCUAGUCGCACAACUAUGUAUCAUCAUGCAGAAGCGCCCUUCUACAGCUCGAUGAGGAAUCUGACUGCAACCCUACAACUUGAUCUAUCUGGUCAAGAGGAACCGCCGCGGAUGUUAUUGCAAGGAAAACAUAUCAAGUCAGGGUCAUGGACUGAGGUUAAUGGCAUGGGUUCGGGCUUAGUGAGCUUGAUAUCAUACGGGAAGUUGUUUCGGAAGCCCACGUAUGGAUACCCAGAUAUUCCUUUUGAUCGGUGA